UUUUUGUGGCGUUUGGGCCUUGACGGCAGUGUGGACUGCUUUUGGAUUAGGCGAUAAACAUUCGUUUUUCACCGUACAGUGGUUGUCUCCGAGUUUUUGUUGCAACUGAGGAGCCGGGUUGUAACAAAUGGGAGCUCGUCCAAACAGUCCAACCGGAUUAAACAGCGGCAGCUGGUCUGUGUGAGUGCCGUUGUGGGCGGAGACUGUGGUUUUUGUGAAUGACUCAGGUGCUUUGUAGUGUCGGGAGUGACGCUGUGUGGCUUGUUCAUUCAUUCAGUUUAGGAGGAUCGGCGCAUUCUGGGUGUUCGGAGACACGUGUAAGCUCUGGGAUGCCCAAGGGACCAGCUGCAUGGAAGCAGUGCCACCUCUGAUAUAAUGCUGAAAGCAGGAGGAGCAGCCACCUCUCUUGCACUGCUGCUGCUGCUGCCGUUGCUGUGCUGGUGCCACCUGUGCCAUUCACUGCGUGUUCCAAAACUUUCCUCCUAUGCAAAAGCAGAGGACAAACUGUUCAAAUAUCUCUUUGGAAACUACCAGAAAUGGGUCCGUCCAGUGGAAUACCUGAACCAGACGAUCAGUGUGAAGUUUGGGUUGGCUAUCUCCCAGCUAGUUGAUGUGGAUGAGAAAAACCAGCUAAUGACAACCAAUGUUUGGAUGAAACAGGAGUGGAUGGACAUGAAACUUAGAUGGAAUCCUGAUGACUACCUGGGCAUCACAAUUAUCCGAGUCCCCUCUGACAGGAUCUGGCUCCCUGAUGUUGUACUGUAUGAUAAUUCAGAUGGACGUUUUGAGGGAACUGUCACCAAGGCUGUCGUUAAGUACGAUGGAACAAUAACAUGGACACCUCCAGCCAAUUACAAGUCAGCCUGCACCAUCGAUGUCACCUUCUUCCCUUUUGACCUCCAGAACUGCUCCAUGAAGUUUGGCUCCUGGACAUAUGAUGGAUCCCAGGUUGACAUAAUCCUGGAGGACUUCCAUGUGGACAAGCAGGACUAUUUUGACAAUGGUGAAUGGGAGAUAGUGAAGGCCACAGGCAGCCGUGGUCUGAGGACUGAUGGCAGCUCUUCUUAUCCCACCAUCACCUACUUCUUUAUUAUCCGCAGGUUGCCUCUUUUCUACACCCUCUUCCUCAUCAUUCCCUGCAUUGGCCUGUCCUUUCUUACCAUCCUCGUCUUCUACCUGCCUUCAAAUGGUGGUGAGAAGAUUUCUCUCUGCACCUCAGUACUGGUGUCGCUCACAGUCUUCCUCCUGGUUAUUGAGGAGAUCAUCCCCUCCUCUUCCAAAGCAAUCCCUCUUAUAGGGGAGUACCUGGUCUUCACCAUGAUCUUCGUCACGCUUUCCAUUAUCAUCACUGUCUUUGCCAUCAACAUCCACCAUCGCUCUUCCUCUACACAUAAUGACAUGGCACCCUGGGUGAGGAGGAUUUUCCUGCAUCUAUUGCCCAAACUGCUAUGCAUGCGUAGCCAUGUGGACCGUUAUGCGACAGCUGGGGCUGCCAGAGUGGGAGGAGCAGUUGGACUGGGCAGGACGACAGACUCACAUCCUGAGCUCACCCCUCUCCUCUACAACCGACGCAACUUACAAGCUGCUUUGGAGUCUAUUCGCUACAUAACCAUGCAUGUGGUUAAAGAAAAUGAGGUCAGAGAGGUGGUACAAGACUGGAAGUUUGUAGCCCAGGUCCUGGAUCGGGUGUUUCUGUGGGCCUUCCUCCUGGUGUCGAUCCUCGGCUCUGCUCUUCUUUUCAUUCCAGUUAUUUAUAAAUGGGCCAGCAUCAUAGUCCCUAACUAUACUGGAAGUACCCUCUGAGUUCUACUUACCACAACUGGAAGCAAAGCACAUCAACAGCUCUUUAUGGUCUUAUUUGAGAUUUGAAAGAAAGAGAUACUAAGACUGCCAUUCAAAUAAGAGUCCUGUUCUAGGUAUCCAUGUCUGUCUGUGAGCUACAGUUGUGCCAGAGAUCAAGCUGCAGCUUCCAGGGCCUUGUUUGCAGAUUGCAGAGACAUGCUGUCUCAAAUCCAUACUACAGUAAGAGUGUAGUGCAUUCAGAUUGGAAGUGUGACAAAAUAAAGCAUACUCCAAGUGGACAGCACGUUUGCUGAUUCUGUCAGAGCUGCUCACAGCUAGAAGUUGAAAGGUGGUGAAGCAGGGGAGAUAUUGGGAAAUCUCUUUAAAAACAAUUGGUAUGUUGCAGAUAUUAUAUAGAAUUAGUGUGAAUUUGGUAUAAACCUGCUGUGCAGAACUUUUGUCCCCCCGUUCUGCCAGUGAGAACACUGUUGAUGCAUGCUCAUGAUGUAUGCCUUGCUGCUGAUUGCUUCUUUUUAGACUGUAUUCUGUUCCCCUUAAACGCCAACCGUCUUGUUCCAUCUGGAGCAUCACAGAGUGUUCUUGGACACUUAAUCCCAGUCACUGUAGCCUGUUCCAUCUCUGUCACUAUGGUUGCUCCUCUCUUCAGCUCUGGCAAACCAAUCAUUGCUGGUUGACAUAAAAUACAUUGCUGUCAGUGCACCAGAGUGGGGAUGUCACCACAGACAGAAGAUUUAAAACUCUGGUUUACUGUGAAACAUAGUGAGAUUUAUCUGGCACCGGUAGGUUUGUCAGCACUGUAUGAACUCAUUUGGCAGGGCUUGAAUGUAAAAAUCCUGAAAAAGUCCUGCACUGUAGCUUUUAGGAUUCUGAAUUCUGUAUUCCUGAGAUUAAAGAUGAUUUAAAGAAGAUGA